CACCAGCAGCUGAUGAUGAUGAUGAUGAUGGUGGUGGUGGUGGUGGUGGUGAUGAUGAAGCCCCAGUGUCGUCGUCUGCUGCCUCUGAUCCGCGGCACAUGCUCAGUUAUGUACACCCAGAUAACUUUGAAGGCUUAGCUGUGGCUGCUGAGGUCAUUGCGCUGGGAAGAGGAAGAAAAAACACACACACACACACACGCACAGCGAGUCCCUCCGCUACGCCGCCUCCAUUUUGAAUAGCCAUGUAAUAGCGGAGUCGCAUAGUUUGUGUGUGUAUCGCCCACUGCGCUGCGUAGUGUCAACAAGCCACAUCCAAACAUCCUUCGACAUGGACGACCUGUUCAGUCCGCGGAGGAGCCUUAACAGCACACAGGGCGAGAUACGAGUGGGACCAAGCCAUCAGGCCAAGCUUCCUGAGUUGCAGCCACGACCUGCGCCGGUUUUACAGACUCAGACAGAGAGCGAGGAGCUCAUGUGGACGCCGGGGGUGAAUGACUGCGACCUUCUCAUGUACCUCAGAGCCGCCAGGAGCAUGGCAGCGUUUGCAGGCAUGUGUGAUGGAGGAUCCACUGAGGAUGGAUGUUUAGCAGCCUCCCGUGACGACACCACACUCAAUGCUCUCAACAUGCUCCAUGCGAGUCACUAUGAUGCAGCGAAGGCCCUCCAGCGUCUGGUUAAGAAGCCUCUACCGAAACUUAUUGAAAAGUGCUGGUCUGAAGAUGACGUGAAACGCUUCAUCAAAGGACUGAGACAGUACGGAAAGAAUUUCUUCCGUAUUCGAAAAGACUUUCUGCCCAGCAAAAAGACCGGAGAGCUGAUCACUUUCUACUACCACUGGAAGAAAACUCCUGAGGCCGCGGGAACGAGAGCUUAUCGGCAGCAGCGUCGGCAGCCCUCGUCUCGCAAAGCGAAGACUCGGUCCGCGGCCACUCCCGUGAACACCCCGUCUCGAAAUUAUUCAGUGGAUGCGAGUUCUGCCAGCGAGGAUGAUCUUGACAGUGAAGACAGUGAGCAAGAAAUCAAGAGCUGCAGCCACUGUGGAACGACGAGUUCUAAGGAUUGGCACCAGGGCGGGAGAAACAACCCUUUGCUGUGCACGAGUUGUCGCACAUAUGAAAACAAACAUGGAUGUCUACCGCCGGCUUCAAAAGCUGCGAAUGCUCCGUUCAUGUUUAAACCUGUUAAAGCGGAAGAGGAGGUGAACAGCAAGCACGGCAUGAGGACACGGCGUAGCAGAGCACCUCUGUCAUCUUUAAGAAGUGGUCACAGGAGGCUCACAGGCUCCCCAACCAGCGAGGACCAGCAGUCCAGCAACCAGCCCUCCCCGAGUGGAUCAAUAUCUAGUUCUCUGAGAUCGUCUUCCACUGAUAAUAAGAACGAGUCCACUAAGAAAACAAACAAGAAGAUCAAAGAGGAAGUGGCGUCACCAAAGACAACUAAACGUGUGCGGGAGAGCGCUGUUCAGGAGCCUGAUGAGCCUGAAAAAGUUACACCUAAAAGACCAAAGACCCAGGACCCACAGGGCUCCAGGUCAGAGGGAGAGGCUGAGGUAGAGGAGGAAAGCUCUUCAGAAAGCCGGAGCGCUCAGGACGACGGCAGCAGCGACGCCAAAGACAUCGAUCAGGACAACCGUAGCUCCUCCCCUAGCAUUCCCAGCCCCCAACAGGGAAAUGAAAGCGACUCGGACUCGUCGGCCCAGCCAAACGGCAUCCCCUCAGAGCCCGCUGCCCCCGCUGCCGUCCUGGCUGACGCACCAGUCUCACAAGCCCUCUCCUCUCAGGGCCCCCCCGUCACUCCUCAGCCACCACCACAAAGUACACCCUCCAUCGACCCACCUCGGAGCCCCACUCCUCCUUCUCUGGACCCUCCUCAACCUGCCGUCGGCCAGUCAGCUGCCUCAGCAAGCUCAAACAGCCGAGCGCAACCAGCCCCUCACCCUCUCUCAGCGAUGGGACAGGACUCUCCUCUUUCUCCGGUGUUUCAGGUCCCACCCGCUCUUAACUCUGCGCUGCCUCUGCAGCCGCACGGCCCUUCACCUCAGACCCCACAGCGACCACCACCCUUCUUUAGGGAGGCUCAGCUCCCUCAGCCUCCUCUCUCUGGCGCCCAAAUCAAGCCUCCCCCCACCACCCCCAUUCCACCCUCACACAAACAGCUGCCACACCAGUCUUCUACACCUUUCCCCCAGAUGCCCUCCAAUCUCCCCCCUCCUCCAGCCCUUAAGCCCCUCAAUGCUCUACCCAACCAGCAUCCUCCGGGAGCCCCCCCCCCACCUCUUCAGCUCAUGCCACAUCCUUUGCCAGUGCCGUCAAUUCCAACCCAACUUCCUGUGAUCUCUCAGGUGCAGACCCACCCGGGAAAAAGCCUAACUUCUUCCCACCCCCCCGCUGCAACAUCACACCCCAUGACUCCUGUGACAUCUUCCACCAUCGGCCCCGUCCCGAGCCUCCAGCCGUCAUUCCCGUCUCUCCCCCUGAGACCCUCACCCAGCGGCGCAUCGGGGGCAGGAGCAUCGCAGAUUCAGAUUAAAGAAGAGCCGCUGGAUGAGAUGGAGGAAGCGGAGAGCCCGCCGCCUCCGCCGCGGAGCCCCUCGCCAGAGCCCACCGUCAUCAACAUAGCGAGCCAUGCCAGCCAGUCUGCCCGGUUUGUCAAACACUUGGAUCGUGGCUAUAACUCGUGCGCCAGGACAGACCUUUUCUUUACUCCACUGUCCUCCUCCAAGCUGGCCAAGAAGAGGGAGGAGGCUGUGGAGAAGUCCAGGAGAGAGGCCGAGCACAGCGCCCGGCAAGAACGUGAAAGGGAGAAAGACAGGGAGAGAGAACGAGAACGGGAGGCCGACAGAAACGCUAGACCCUCCAGCUCCUCCCACGACAGUCGAAUGAGCGAGGCGCAAAUGGUGUCUCAAGGCCACGGACGCCCGUCCUACGAGCAGCCGCCCACCACCGUAGCAGCCGUGCCCCCCUACAUCGGCCCAGACACGCCCGCCCUGCGCACUCUCAACGAAUUUGCACGACCCCACGUCAUGUCCCCGACCAACCGCAACCACCCGUUCUACGUGUCCCUGACCCCCGGGGACCCCCUGCUGGCCUACCACAUGCCCGGCCUGUACAGCGCCGAGCCCAGCCUCAGAGAGCGGGAGCUGAGGAACCUCAGAGAGCGGGAGCUCCGCGAGAGGAUGAAGCCCGGCUUCGAGGUCAAACCCCCAGACCUGGAAACUUUGCACCCGUCGGCCAACCCCAUGGAGCACUUCGCCAGGCACGGAGCGCUGGGUCUCCCCCACAUCCCCGGUCCUCCCCACCCCUUCGCAGCCUUCCAUCCUGGACUGAACCACCUGGAGCGGGAGAGGAUGGCGUUGGCGGGACCUCAGCUACGCCCUGAGCUGAGUUACGCCGAGAGACUGACGGCGGAGCGGCUCCACGCUGAGAGGAUGGCCUCUGUAGCGACCGACCCCGCCACCAGGCUGCAGAUGCUCAACGUGACGCCGCAUCAUCACCAGCACUCUCACAUUCACUCCCACCUCCACCUGCACCAGCAGGACCCCCUCGGUCAAGGUUCAGGUCCUCAUCCUCUAGUGGACCCUCUGGCUACAGGACCACGUUUGGCCCGAUUCCCCUUCCCUGGUCCAAUCCCCAACGCUUUACUCAGCGAACUGCCUCAUGACCAUGAGAUGCUGCGCCACCCACUGUUUGGAGCUGCAUAUCCACGGGAGCUGCAGGGCCCAAUUCCCCAGAUGUCGGCCGCCCACCAGCUCCAGGCCAUGCAUGCUCAGUCUGCAGAGCUGCAGAGGAUGGCCAUGGAGCAGCAGUGGCUGCAUGGCCAUCACCUGCAUGGAGGCCCACUACCAAGUCAGGAAGAUUAUUACAGCCGCCUGAAGAAAGAAGGUGACAAGCCAUCUUGAGUCCCAGGUGGUGCAUGCCCUGAAACUCUACACUUAUACUCAAUACUGUGUACUUUUGAAACUGUAAGAGAAUAUUUUGUGUGUCUUUUUCUUUUGUUUGUUUUAAUAUAUUUUAGAAAAAAAUAUUUGUGGAUCUUUAUGUGCAUUCCUCGUUCAGCACUUAAUGGGGCUGUCAAAGUCCGUCUGAGAUUUUCAUAUCGCGUAAGAAUUUAUACUAGUUUUAUUGUCAAAAUAAUGAACAGUCUCACCCAUUGACGUGAGAUUCAAAGUGGCAGGUUUUCUCAAACUGUUUCUUAUGCAGUCGUAUGAAUUUGCUAAAACAGAGCUCUUAUAAAGGAUAUGAAAACAGACUGACUUUGGUUUUGACUUUAAAUAUCCCUAGAAUGAUUUCUAAAAGAGUUCCUUGUACAGAAUGACAUUUAAAUCCGUGUGUGGAUGAUUGUAAUAACCUAGCAUGACUCAGUCUUCAUUUUUUUCACCAAACUAGCGUAGCAAGUUGCAUUGUGGUGUUUAGAAAGCUUAGUGGAGGUUGGUUUUACUCUUAAAUCUGCUAAAUAUUUGUUUAAAUCCUAAAGUUUUAUAUUAUCAAGAUAUCUUUUCACAGUAUAACCGAAGCUUUUAUUCACUCAUUUUUGAGAUUGUAAAUAUUCCAUCUUCACAAUAAUCUAUAUGAAUUAGUACUAUUGAUAUAUCAGUAGAUGUGAACACCUGACCCUUGAUUCAGCAGUAAAUCAUAAGCUAAACACUAUAUAUAGUAUUAUAAGGUGUGAUACUUAAUUAAUAAUUGGACCAUGAUCUGUCUCUGUUGACAGAAAGUUGUAUUAUUAGACAUUGUUUUAAUGAGUAUAGAACUCAAUUGGUUAUAAACUAAAUCCUAAUCCUGGAUUUUUAAAAAUCACUGUCUAAAUUCAGUAUUUAUGUGACAUAAUAUGAAAGUGUAUCCAUGGCAUAUUUAUUUCAAUAAAUAUUUCUGCAAUGACA